AUGCCGGAGCCGUGGAAGCUCAUUUUGGCCUCGUUGCUGCUCGGGGGUAAAAGUGCAGCACAGUCGUGCAUCGACGCACUCAACAAUAACAGGACCGAUGCCUGCGUUUGUUACUCCCUCGAAUAUGUUGUCAGCUACGUGGCCUACAUUGCGGUUUCGACAUCGUAUACCUCUAGCUGCGAGGCAUUGCCGACCACGACGUCGGCUGGACUAUCAAUAGGUCUUCAAGUACUGGACAGGAUUUCUGCUGGGGAUUUUGCUGGGUACGUAACUCAAAAUAAUGGUGUUUACACUGGCACAGGUAUCAUAGCCGGCCCGACGACUGUGGAUAUCAUACCACCUUCAGGAACCGCACCAGGAACACUUGUGGUGGAGGUCCCGCCGUCGUACUUCACGAUAUCGCGGACGGGUACUGCGACGGUCAGCCCCGAGCCUGUUCCAACCUACGUCGACUCCACAAGCUUUCUCACAAGGAAUAUCAUUUCGGAUCCCCGGACGAUUCGGUUGAUAAAUCCUACGCCUGAUGCUGCCGCUGCAUCUCGCGGUACAGUAGUCAUUGCUGUUCCGGACCCGAGACUUUUUCGCACUGCCGAAGUAGCUUACAGUGGGACCGAAGUAUUGACCGCAGCACGAACGACGAUUUCGACCAUCCCUGACAAUGGACUCGUUCCCGGCACGUUUAUCGUUGCCGUCGCUACGACGCCUUUGCCAAACCUUUCGUACGAUAUUUCCACCGUCGCGUACACCGGAACAGCCGCCUUGACGACUCCGACUGUGAUAUCGGUCAUCCAACCAACUGGUACCGGGGCUGGCGUUGUCGUGCUUGCAGUCCCUCUGUCUGGCGUUCCUCCGCCUCGGUUGACGUCGAUAAUUCCAUACACAGGCACUGAGACGAUUACAACAGCACUCACGAUCUUGGAUCGACCUUUUGAUGGGACUCUUCCGGGGGCCCUCGUCAUUGCUUUGCCUUCGUCUUCCUUCAUAACUGAGACGGUGACACUUACCGGCACGGAGGUCCUGACCGCCCCAACCGUUAUUUCAGUAAUUCCUCCCAGCGGCUCGGGUCUUGGCAGGGUCAUUGUGGGCAGCCCUCUAGCAAGUUAUGUCGCUUCAUACGUAUCUUACACCGGGAGUGUUGCAAUCACGAGCCAAACAACAGUCUCUGUGAUAAGGCCAAGUGGAACAGUUGCCGGCACAGUCAUCAUUGCAGAGGCACCGCAAGCCCUCACUAUCGUCUCCGAAGUAUAUCGAACACAGCUGGUAACCUAUACAGCUAGUGAUGCCAUCGUCGGCCCUACGGCACUCUCUACGAUUGCGCCAGAAAGCUCCAGGCCCGAUGACAUUCUUGUGGCUUUGCCGGCUAGCUAUCAAAAAGAGGCUGCGACACCGUUCUUCACCUCGAUUGUUCUAUACACGGGGUCCAAUGCCAUCAACGGGCCUUCAACGCUUAACGUCAUCUCUCCCAGUGGUACCGAGGCAGGGACUGUCAUCAUCGGUCUUCCCCGUCUCACACCGCCUGCUGGAGCUGGAUCAGGCUCGUUCAUCACUUCUGCAGUUCCGGUUUCCUAUGUCACUGUGACCGUGGUCGCGUACGAUGACGUACAGCUCGUCACUUUGACGAGUAUCCUUCCAAGCGGUACUUCGCCAGGAACAGUUUUCAUCGGUCCUUCUCCGACAGUGGGAGGAUUGCCGGUGGUAUUCGUCACCCAGGUUAUUCCUUACACUGGAUCGACUCCUAUAACAGAGCCGACUACGUUGUCAAUCAUCCCCCCAAGCAACUCAGCGCUCGGCACAAUCAUAGUCGCGGAUCCCCGAUCCUUCGUACGCACGACUGUGCCGUACGUGGGAACAGAGCCUUUGACCCAGGUGACAACCAUUGCUGUGGUUCCACCAGAAAACGACCAGCCUGGCCUUGUGGUAGUGGCAGUACCUUCGGCGACCCCGGUCGGCCCUUCGUAUGUGACAUCUUAUGUGACGUACCUGGGCACAUCUAUCCAACAACCGACCACUAUUUCAAUAGUCCAGCCAACUGGUACAACGCCAGGGACCCUGAUCGUGGCAAGACCGGCUGAGUUUGUUACUUCAACUGUCCCAUAUACUGGCUCUGCUACACUUCCGACUCCGACCACGAUCGCCAUCGUUCCCCCCACUGGAACAGAGCCAGGAAUAAUCUACGUUGCAGACCCCACGGCCUUCGUAACUUCAACUGUCGAGUUCACCGAGAUAGGUUCUUUCACCGAAUCCAAUACAGUAACCGUCAUCCCCCCCAGCGGAAACAGACAAGGAACCGUAGUCGUGGCUGGCCUUCGUCCGUUCAUAACAUCAUAUGUUCAGUUGUCUGGUACUUCUCCGGCAGAAGGACCCACCACUCUGACGCUGGUGCAGCCUCAGGGAACUGCUCCAGGGACCGUCAUAAUAGGAGUACCCAGCAGUUUUCAGAUAUCGACCGUUGUCAACUCGGAAACAAGAGUUUUGACGACGUCACCCACUACCAGAUCUACAGGUUCUCCAGUCGCUGCAAGACCAGGGAGGAUAAACGUGGCAUUACAGCGACCAAGCCCACAAACUAACUCCCCUGCAGAAAGUUCACCUGGCUCAGCGGGCCCUGUGGCAACUGCAGGUUCUCCAGCUGCCCUAGUGCAAUCGUUCGUUACUUCGACGGUAUUGUACAGCGGCACCGCCAUAAGCUCAGAUCAGUCCACACUUUCUACUGUUCAACCUAGUGGCACGGCGCCCGGGACAUACAUUGUCGGAAUCACAGAUUUGUUUGUUACUUCACAAGUCGUUUACACCGGCACCAGGUCUCUCACAGGCCCCGUCCCUAUUUUCACCGUUCAACCUUCGGCAUCGAACCCCGGAACAGUUAUAUUUGCCGUACCGGCUUCAUACGUCACUUCCGAAGUUCAGUACACUGGGCCAGUUGGGCAGCUCACAACGCCUUCCCCGAUCACCACAAUCCCCCCUAGCGGAGGUGUACCUGGGACCGUGAUCGUGGCUCGACCUGGUCAAUAUGUCACCUCGGAAAUCACUUUGACAGAGUUGGCCGAUCCUCGAAUCACGACUCCAAGUAUUGUUUCCACGAUACCCCCCAGCGGAACCGAGCCCGGGACCGUCAUUGUGGCUCGGCCGUUCCAAUACGUGACGUCCGACGUCUUCUACACAGAUCCGGCAGGCCCACAAAUCACGGCCCCAAGCACGGUUACUAUAGUGCCGCCGAGCGGGACGCAACCCGGGGUCGUGAUUGUUGCCAGGCCGCCCCAAUAUGUCACCUCUGAGAUCGUUUACACCGAACUGUCAGGUCAACAAGUCACAGCACCGAGAAUUGUUUCUACGAUACCUCCCAACGGGACGCAACCCGGGGUCGUGAUUGUUGCCAGGCCGCCCCAAUAUGUCACCUCUGAGAUCGUUUACACCGAACUGUCAGGUCAACAAGUCACAGCACCGAGAAUUGUUUCUACGAUACCUCCCAACGGGACGCAGCCCGGUAUUGUGAUCGUUGCUCGGCCGCCCCAAUACGUGACGUCCGAGGUGUUCUACACAGACCCGGCAAGUCCACAAAUCACGGCCCCGAGCACGGUUACUAUAGUGCCGCCGAGCGGGACACAAUCCGGGGUCAUAAUUAUCGCUCAGCCGCCAAACUACCAAACAUCCGAGGUGUUCCUGACGGGAAUCAACGGUCCAACCACGCUCUCGACGAUUCCACCUUCCGGCACUGUGUCGGGUACGUUCAUUGUGGCGCGCCCUGUCGCCAGUGUCACUUCUGAGGCCAAUAUCCCCGGCGUCACCAGCUCAAGCACCAUCUUGCCGAUCCCCUCAAGUGACACUCCACUCGCGGUUAUCGUAGGUCAGCCGGCUGCCCUUAGCACCUCCGCUGUUGCUCUCACCAGUCCUGCCGCGUCUAUUGUCACAGGCAAAGUAAUCCUGACCACGAUUGUGACCAGUGGCACGGAGCCCGGCCUCUUCUAUCUCAUUCGUUACUUCACCAGAGGCUGGUACUAG